AUGUUACUGUUUCUUCUAGCAGCGUCCUCUUUGUUACUUACGAAAGCUACAGCACUACAGUGUUACUGCCAUCUCUGUACAAAAGACAACUUCACGUGUGUGACAGAUGGGCUGUGUUUUACUUCAGUAACACGAACUGCAGACAAAGUCAUACACAACAGUAUGUGUAUAGCAGAGAUUGACUUGAUUCCCCGAGACAGGCCGUUUGUUUGUGCCCCCUCCACCAGAGAUGGAGUCAUUACUGUGUCUCAUUGCUGUGACAGAGACCACUGCAAUAAAAUUGAACUUCCAGUUCCGACACCAGGCCCUACUCCAGGAAAACCAGCUUCUAAUCUAGGACCUGUGGAACUGGCUGCUGUUAUUGCUGGACCUGUCUGCUUUGUCUGCAUUUCACUAAUGUUGAUUCUAUAUCUUUGUCAUAAUCGUACUGUAAUUCAUCAUCGUGUGCCAAGCGAAGAAGAUCCCUCACUGGAUCGUCCCUUUAUAUCAGAAGGAACUACUUUAAAGGAUUUAAUUUAUGAUAUGACAACUUCAGGCUCUGGGUCAGGUUUGCCUUUACUUGUGCAAAGAACAAUUGCAAGAACGAUAGUACUUCAAGAAAGCAUUGGUAAGGGUCGCUUUGGAGAAGUCUGGCGAGGGAAGUGGAGAGGAGAAGAAGUUGCUGUGAAGAUCUUCUCUUCAAGAGAGGAACGCUCAUGGUUUCGUGAAGCAGAAAUUUAUCAAACAGUUAUGCUACGACAUGAAAACAUUCUUGGAUUUAUAGCUGCAGACAACAAAGACAAUGGUACAUGGACUCAGCUGUGGUUGGUGUCAGAUUAUCAUGAGCAUGGAUCACUCUUUGAUUACCUGAACAGGUAUACAGUAACAGUGGAAGGAAUGAUAAAAUUAGCUUUGUCCACUGCCAGUGGUCUUGCUCAUCUUCACAUGGAAAUUGUUGGCACACAAGGCAAACCAGCAAUUGCCCACAGAGAUUUGAAAUCAAAAAAUAUAUUGGUAAAAAAGAAUGGAACGUGCUGCAUUGCAGAUCUAGGAUUGGCAGUUAGGCACGAUUCAGCUACAGACACAAUUGAUAUUGCCCCAAACCACAGAGUGGGAACAAAAAGGUAUAUGGCACCUGAAGUUCUAGAUGAUUCCAUAAACAUGAAACAUUUUGAGUCCUUCAAACGAGCAGACAUCUAUGCAAUGGGAUUAGUGUUUUGGGAAAUAGCUCGGCGAUGUUCCAUCGGUGGAAUCCACGAAGAUUACCAGUUGCCAUACUAUGACCUUGUUCCUUCAGAUCCUUCUGUUGAAGAAAUGAGGAAAGUUGUGUGUGAGCAGAAGUUAAGGCCCAAUAUUCCAAACAGAUGGCAGAGCUGUGAGGCCCUGCGAGUCAUGGCGAAAAUCAUGCGGGAGUGCUGGUACGCCAACGGCGCCGCUCGGCUGACCGCUCUGCGCAUCAAGAAAACGUUGUCGCAGCUCAGCCAACAGGAGGGGAUAAAGAUGUGA